ACGAACCGAAGCCCAUGUAGCGCGCUUCCGUGUCACCCCCUCGGCCCUCCUCUGUCCUUUGCCCACCGAUGAAAGGGUAGCCGAAGCUUCUUUCCCCUUCUUCCCCAAAAGAGAAUUCUCCGAUAAAAAAAGGACUGAAAUUCAAACAAGGCUCCCCUCCCUUUCGUAUACGCUCUUCACGGGAUACAAGGUUUGGGGACCACAAAUCCGCCGCCGGAGUCGAGCUUGGAGAGGGAGGAAGGUCGGGAUGUCGGCGCCCCUCGACCGGCCAGCGAGGCCCAGUGAGUGUGCAGGUUUUGAGGGCUUUGCGCAUGAUGACGAAAUUGAAGAGAGCAAAUCUGACGAAGAUAACUCAGAAGGUGACAAGAAGGCCAAAAUGGGACCCUUCAAGAAAAGAGCGAUUAGUGCGGGAAAUAAAUUUAGGCAUUCCUUAAGGAAAAAGAGGAAACAGAAGAGUGACAAUUUAGUCUCCAUAGAGGAUACCAGGGAUGUGCAAGAACUGAAAACUGUCGAAAGAUUCCGCCGAUGCUUGCUUGAUGGGGGCUUGUUACCAGAAUGCCAUGACGAUUAUCACAUGAUGUUGAGAUUUCUGAAAGCAAGGAAGUUUGAUAUUGAAAAAGCAAAGCAUAUGUGGUCAGAAAUGCUUAGAUGGAGGAGUGAAUUUGGGGUCGACAAUAUAGAGGAAUUCAACUACACCGAACUACAUGAAGUUAAGAAGUAUUAUCCCCAGUUUUACCAUGGAGUGGAUAGAGACGGAAGGCCUGUCUAUGUUGAACUAAUCGGGAAAGUUGAUGCCCAUAAGCUAGUCCAAGUAACAACUAUUGACCGAUAUGUGAAGUAUCAUGUCAAGGAGUUCGAGAGAUGUUUCCAGAUGAGGUUUCCAGCUUGCUCCAUUGCUGCGAAAAGGCACAUAGACUCGUCUACUACUAUUUUAGAUGUGCAAGGGGUGGGCUUAAAGAACUUCUCAAAAGAUGCAAGGGAAUUGAUCAUGCGACUGCAGAAGGUCGACAAUGACAACUAUCCAGAGACAUUGUACCGAAUGUACAUUAUAAAUGCUGGGCAGGGCUUCAAGAUGUUAUGGGGUACAAUAAAGUCAUUUCUUGAUCCACAAACUGCUUCGAAGAUUCAUGUUCUUGGAAGCAAGUACCAAAAUAAGCUGCUUGAAAUAAUAGAUGAGAGUGAACUGCCAGAUUUUCUUGGAGGCAAAUGCAGGUGUGAAGAGAACGGAGGUUGCUCAAAAUCAGACAAAGGUCCUUGGAAGGAUCCUAGCAUAAUAGAGAGGGUCCUUAAUGGUGAAGCAAACUAUGGUCGGCAAAUUCUUGCCAUAUCAAGCACCAAUGGAACGAAAGUUUGUAAUACUAAGCCUCAUUACUCAGCUAAACAAGCCAGUGAUGUCUCAGAUGAGUCUACUCCUGAAGUAGAAGACAUUUCGUCACCUACGGCUCCAAUGAACACCGUCAUGGACCCUGAUUUGACCCUUCUUAAUGAGCCACAAUCGUCAGGGCAUGCUUCAACUUCUGGUGCUGCUCCUGUUGUAGAGGAGAGCUUCCAUCUUGUUGACAAGGAUGCAUGUAACAGUCCAAUUUCCACGUCAAUGGCUUCUGCAUCAGGUUCAUUCUCCUUGAGAAAUAUACCUAUCGCACUGGGAGUGCUGCGAAGUCAGAUUAUUACUUGUGUAACCGUUUUAAUUAUGAGCCUUUUUACGGUGCUCCGGUCUGUCCGAAGAAGAAUGUCUAAAAGGUUCUCGAGUCAGGUCACUGCCUGUGACUUUCUUCAACAAUUGGAGUUUACGGAAGAGGUUCAACCUCCAUCUCCUUCUCGAUAUACAGAAAAUGGUACCCUUUCGCAUGUAUUAAGGCGGCUUGGUGAACUAGAGGAGAAGGUGCAUGUACUUGGAACAAAGCCAUCUCAAAUGCCACAUGAAAAGGAGGAAGUGCUCAAUGCAGCUGUCCGCCAUGUGGAUGCAUUGGAAACCGAGCUAAUUUCUACAAAGAAGACACUUUACGAAACAUUGAUGAAGCAGGACGAGCUGCUUUCAUAUGUUGAACGACAAGAGAAUAUCAAGUUCCGGAAAAAGAGGCUUUGCUUCUAAGCACUGGAGUACAUUCCAAGCUAUUUCUCUUCCAUCAAGAUAGGAUACUCUUCUUGCCAAUUGGACGCAUAUAUUUGUUCCGGUGUAAAGUUCUGUAAGUAUUACAAAUAGAGGGGUCCGUGAGCAUGUUGGAACUCUUUGAUGUUCUAGGUUGGAGUAAUCGUUGAUGGUUGUGACAUUUCUGAGUUCAGAAAUGCAAAGGUGUAGAGAGUUGAGAAUUAAGAUUCUUGGUUUGUGCGUUAAAGCAAGAUGUUUGUUCAUUUUUGGCUGUUUCCUGGCAUAUGCCUAACCUUGUAAGAUAGAUGGUAGGCUGUCCUUCUACAUGCUGAUAUAUACGAGGACUGAGAACCGAUGCCUGCUGUUAUAUCCAUGACAUGCCAAGCAGUGCAUAAAUUUGGUUGCUUCCA